UGCUGUAGGACGGUAGUUUGAAGAACGGUUUAGUGUUAAAUAUUUGAAAGAUUUCAGUGGGUGAAAUCCGUUCAGCUCAAGUCCGACGAAGAGAUGAAUGACAAAUACGUUCUGUUGGAUUCCGCCAGGACACCAGUGAUCAUUUUACGCCGAAUAGAUCUCCCACAAUGCUGUGUGCGUAAAGAUGACGAGGUUCUCAAUGAGCUCAUCAACCAAAAGAGGAACUCCACUUUAGAUCAAGAGGAAAAAGAACAAAAAACAUUCAAGGAGAAGAAGAAGCGCCUCUGCACCAGUAAAGAUGAAGAGCAGCUUGUGCUGAAACAACAGACUGAUGACAUUUUGGAGAAAAUUUCUAAUGUGCAAAUAAUUCACAAUGAAACAGAACCACAAAUGAAACAACUCAUCUCUCAUGACCCUCCUGAUAGCCAGGUUCAGGAAGGAAGAAAUUCUGAAGACCCAAGAAAAAGCGAUGACAAGCAGAAACUAAAUGAAAUAUGUCAGAAAGCCAAACAGGUGAAAAGCACAAUUGAGAGUUCAAAAUAUAAAACACACAAGAAAGCUCACCCAGACCGGGCAGGUUUAUUGACAACACACAUGAGAACUCACAUGGGCAAAAAACCCUUCACCUGUUCAACUUGCGGAAAAAGUUAUGGCCACAAGGCUGGAUUAAUUUAUCAUAUGAAAGUUCACUCGGGUGAGAAACCUUUCUCAUGUGUGACAUGUGGAAAAUGUUUCAUAAACAAAUAUAAUUUAGUUGUUCACAUGACGAUUCACACGGGAGAGAAGCCUUUCUCGUGUGUGACCUGUGGAAAAGGUUUCUCUCAAAGAGGACAAUUAACUAUUCACAUAAGGACUCAUACAGGUGAGAAGCCUUACUCAUGUGAGACCUGUGGAAAAAGUUUCUCUAGAAAAAGCAAAUUAACUGAACACAUGAGGACUCAUACAGAUGAGAAGCCUUACUCAUGUAAGUCCUGUGGAAAGAAUUACAAGACCAGAAACGGUUUAUCUUAUCACAUGAGGACACAUACAGGUGAAAAGCCUUUCUCAUGUGGGACCUGUGGAAAAGGUUUCUAUGAUAACAGUCAAUUAACUCUUCACAUGAGGACUCAUACAGCUGAGAAACCUUUCACCUGUGGGAAAUGUGGAAAAGGUUACAAUCAGAAAGGAGCUUUAACUGCUCACAUGAGGACUCAUACCGGUGAAAAGCCUUUCUCAUGUGAGACUUGUGGAAAAAGUUUUGCUAAAAAAAUCUGUUUAACGUCUCACAUGAUAAUUCAUAGAGAUGAGAAGCCUUUCUCAUGUGGGACCUGUGGAAAAAGUUUUGCUCGAAAAUACUGUCUAACUUCUCACAUGAUAACUCAUAGAGAUGAGAAGCCUUUUUCAUGUGGGACAUGUUGGAAAAGUUUCUACACACUAAACAAUUUAACUUCUCACAUGAGAACUCAUACAGAUGAAAAGCGUUUCUCAUGUGGUACUUGCGGAAAACGUUUCCUAUAUAAAUCAACUUUAGAUUAUCACAAGAUGGUUCAUACAGGUCACAAGCCUUUCUUAUGUGGAUCCUGUGGAAAAGGUUUCCGUCUAAAGCGCUUGUUAACUGAUCACAUGACAACGCAUACAGGUGAAAAGCCUCUCUCAUGUGGUGCUUGCGGAAAAGGUUUCCUUUAUAAAUCGGCUUUAGAGUCUCACAUAAUGGCUCACACAGCUGUGAAGCCUUUCUUAUGUGGAAUCUGUGGAAAAGGUUUCCAACUAAAAUACAGUUUGACUUCUCACAUAAGGACUCAUACAAAUGAGAAGCCUUACUCAUGUAAGUCCUGUGGAAAGAAUUACAAGACCAGACGAGGUUUAUCUGAUCACAUGAAGACACAUACAGGUAAAAAGCCUUUCUCAUGCGGUACUUGCGGAAAACGUUUCCUAUAUAAAUCAACUUUAGAUUAUCACAAGAUGGUUCAUACAGGUCACAAGCCUUUCUUAUGUGGAUUCUGUGGAAAGGGUUUCCGUCUAAAACACAGGUUAACUGAUCACAUGACAACACAUACAGUUGAGAAGCCUUUCUCGUGUGAUGCUUGCGGAAAAGGUUUCCUUUAUGAAUCAGCUUUAGAUUCUCACAUGAUGGCUCACACAGAUGUGAAGCCUUAUGUGGAACCUGUGGAAGAGGUUUCCAUGUAA